AUGGGUAGCGCGUCAUCUCCAUUUAACGUGGUCAGAGAGGGCUCGGAAAUAUUCGAUCGAGCGCAAACCCAGAACGAAAGAGUCUCUGCGGACCAAAUACCGGCUUCUGGAGAAAGACGUAAGACGGCACCGCCGCCCGAUGUGCAAGACGCCAUCGCGGCUCGGACGUCAGAUCCCCAGGAGACUAGGUCGUGGACAGCACAGAAAUUGGCCCAGUCCCAUCUCGAUCAGCACCCCCACUCCUUCCGAGCAUCGUUCAGACGAUCCAAGCCCUCUAGCGAUGCGGGUAAUGAGGCCACCGGGCCCUACACGCGUCGCCCGUCCGCAGAACCACGGUCAGACCGCACGGUCGAAUCAGUGUCCAAAAUCGACCUUCCAGUCCCCAGCUAA